AUGGGGAUGAGGCGUCGGAUCCGGGCGUGUCCCGGGUUGGGCGUGGCGCUCCGGAGGUGCCCAGGGAUGCAGAAACAAAGAGUCUGUGCCCAGUCCAAGUUAAAAGGUGAUUAUUAUUUAGAUUUAUAUCAUCUUUGGGAGGCCGUGACCCUGCUGGAGUCCGGGGGGGACCUCCAGCCCCCCGGGGCGUCUCUGGCCCUUGUGUGCCGCGCCUCUGGAUUCAAUUUCGGGAGUCACUGGAUGGCCUGGUUCCGCCAGAGCCCCGGGAAGGCACUGGAAUUCGUCGCAGGGAUCAACCCCAAUGGUGGUUACAUUGAUUAUGCGCCGUCGGUCAAGGGUCGGUUCUCGAUCUCCAGGGACAACGGGCAGAGCUCGGUGACGCUGACCAUGAACAACCUCAACGACGAGGAUUCCGCCGUUUAUUUCUGUGCCAAAGAUGCCGUUGGUGACAGUUGGAAUAUUGCUGUCCCCAACUGUCCCCAGCCCCUUCUCCCACCCCGUCUCCUGCCCCAGUCCUGGCCCCUCCCUCCAGCUGGGGACAAUGUGGGGACAACUCCAAAGUCAAUGUCCGACACACCAGCUCCAAUCCCAGCACCAAAAUCACCAAAACCAAUUCAUGGCGUUGACCUCCAGUAG